AAGCUUGGUUGACUCGGAAUAAUUUGUAGAGGUGGGCUACAGUCGUGUUUGCUCUUGAGGGUAGACGGAAAGUUAUACUGAAGUAAUAUACUACAUUCAGGCUUAUAAAUGUGUGAAGCGUUGAAGCUGAAGCAAAAUACAGGUUUGAAGCUCGUUUGGAUCACUCAGAGAGAGGUAACAUACUCUUGUCUCUAGCAAGAGAAGUCAAGCAAGCAAACAAUUGGCAACUAAAACGGUAGAAAAUAGACUGAGGUGAUGAGGGGACGAUCCAAGAUCAGUUACGUUAAACAACUACAAAACUGAGCUUCGACGAGACGGUAUGAGCAAAGAGAGCAGAAAUACACAAAUUUUGGAAUGAAUGGUUUUAAUUGUGUGAAUGCUGCACACAAUCAGCUCAGCUGGCCUACCUGCCUACCUAUCAGUCGAAGUAUGCUUUGGGCCAGUUGUAGAGACGACGACAAGACAGUUGGUUGGACGGCUAGCCAGCAGCAGGUGUACAUUGGAAAAAAUCGAAAAAGCCCAGCGCGAUUGCCAGCGAUAAUGUUGGAGCAAGACACAACCCCAUUGAAGAAAGCGUCUAUAACAGUGGGUACUUCCAACUUCGCAAAUUUGUCGGAUCACCACAAAGUCAUUUGGCACAAUGGUGACGUCCAUAGAAGUUCUGAUUCAGGUGAUUCAAUGGAAAUCUUAGCGAAUGAUGUGCUAAUCACGAUUGAUGGGGAGAAGCAUUGGGUCUCUGGUAUUGAUUUAAAUACCACAUGCACGGAUCUGAUCAUUGCUCUGCUGCAUUAUCAAGAUGUCCAACAAAUGCGAUCAGAUGGACAUGCACAACCAUAUAAUAAAUCCAAAAAAGAUACAUCCAGCCAAGUCACCAACCAUAAUUCACCAACAACAAAUACCAAAGACAAGAAGCACACUUUUAAAAGCAAAGAUACUAACCCUAACACAUACGUGAUUGUAAAGCAAUUGCCGAACUGUCGAUUUGAGGAAUAUUUAGAUGGAAGCUCUCGUCUAUUGGAUGUCAUACCGACAAGCGAUACCCCAUCAAAGAAUCAGUGUGAGCUCCAGUUAAGAUAUCUUGGGAGGACGCCAUUGCAGACAUCGCCGCGCGUCUAUAACCAGAAGCAAAACCAAAUGUUCUCAAUGCUAUCAAUGUCAACCGAUAAGGAUAGUGGCAUGGGCAGCCCAAUGGGCAGUUCCCGAAGUAAUAAAUAUCGGAGACGGCGGGGCAAACAAAAAACUGGAAUAGCCGGAGUUACAGGCAAUACUCCUUUUCGGGGAGGUGCAGCUCUACUAAAGCGCAGUAAAUAUCAAGUACAGCCUUUCGAGUUGAAUCCAAAUGAGCGCCUAAUGAAUAUCAUAAAUAGGCAAAUAUAUUUGUUGAAUCAAAAGGAACAGCAAAUUUUAAAGAUUGAAUAUGAAAAUCAUCAAAAACGUGAACUUGAGUUGGGUAAGAAUUAUAUGCUCGAUGUAUACUUAAAUUCAGCAGAUAACAUACCAAAUAAGAGACUUAAUGCACAUGAUUUUGAUGAUCAACGACAAAAAGUGCUGGAUUCGAACGUGGAUAAGCCCCAGCCUGCGCAAUGUUCGUCUGGCGAGGUUAAUGGACUCGAUUGGCCGAGCUCAAAGGAGGUAGGGUUAAAUCUUUCUUGUGAUAAAGAAAUUUAUUAUUGGCUAGAAAAAGUACAUGUCCAAAAUGUACUGCUGCAGGGACAGGAGGAGCAGCUGCUGUGUUUACAUGCGAAGGUUCGAAAGCACCAGAUGCGAUGCGUCUACCACACAAAACAAGAUGUUUUGCGUCAAAUAGAUAGAUUGGAUAUGGACUUGGCCAACCAGGUAAACGAUAUAUAUAGGGUAGAGCGUCAAUUGUUAAUAGCCAAUGAACAGUUGAAAGCCAAAUUGGGCGUCUUAGAAAGUUUGGAACAUGAAUUUGGAGCUUUUGCGGAUGCAACCCAGGAAAUCGAUCAAAAUUCUCCAGUCUGUUCAACAAAUUUAGCUUUAAAAUGUAAUGCACAGCAAUUCAUACGAGACUUACAGGAGAAGGAUUCCGUCAAUGUAAAUAUCACCUUGAUUAAAAAUAACUCGAACAAGCAAGAUUGUACGGAUACCAAAAUGUUAAAGAAACAAAUGUUCUUCACAGUUGACAAUUUUGAAUCUUUAUAUAAUACAUUGCCGAAUAAUACAUAUACAGCAGCAGAUAGUUGCUUUCGAGAUCGCAAAGAACAGGCACAUCCCACAGCAAGAAAUUAUUCCUAUCCCGAAAUAAACUUUUCAUUGGGCUUGGCUGAAAGUGAUUUUGAUAUACAAUACUUGGGUACACUUGUUUAAGAACAAUCUGUAUAUAUUCACUGUUAAUUGUAAAUACUUAAGAGUAUGUUAAGUGUUAAAGAGAUUCUCCAUUAUUUUUACCAAAUUCUUUUUUUUUUAUAUUUGAGAUAGUUUCACAAUAUGCUACAUCCCAUAAAUUAGCAUAGAUUAUAACAAUUUAUAAGGUAUAUUAUCACAUACGUAGACAUUUAUAAAAAUAGAGGGAAUUUUGUAUGAUAUA